AAAUACCUUCAGUUAAUGUCAAAUGUCAUAUAGUUAUAUUCCAUUUUUCAGUUAGUACCUUUUACUUUCGGACAACUCCCUGAACAGACGUGAUUUCGAUUUCAAUAUUUCGCUUAUUUAGAUAUGGACAACUUGAACGAGGCAGAGCUCUACGUGAUCGAUGAUGACUCCGAGGAGACAUAUGAGGGAGACGACGACGAGGACGAUGAUGAUGAUGUUGAUGAAGCAGCAACCAUGGUUAAGGCCAUGACACUAGAGGAGCACGAGAUCGAUACCAAAGUUGCAAAUGAAGGCGAAAAGAAGGAGGAGAAGGAGGAGAAGGGGGAGAAGGAGAAGCAGGAGGAGCAGAAGUUGGCAACCAAGAUGUCUAUAGAUCCGGAUGACCUGCCCACGACUAGCACCAAUUGCCAGCAGCGCAAUCGUAACCGGUUCCAGAUCAAAAAAUGGAAUGCUGUAGCCGUAUGGGCCUGGGACAUUAAUGUCAACAACUGCGCCAUUUGCCGCAACCCGAUCAUGGAUUUGUGCAUCGAAUGCCAGGCGAAUCCGAAUGUCAACUCCUACGACGAGUGCACCGUGGCCUGGGGUGCCUGCAAUCAUGCCUUCCACUUUCAUUGCAUUUCGCGUUGGCUCAAGACGCGCCACGUCUGUCCGUUGGACAACCGUGACUGGGAGUUCCAGAGGUAUGGUCGCUAGACAUGGCUUCCAUUUCUUUGCCAAUAAACGUUUUUUGAAUUUCUUUACCCAACACCCCUAAACCUCCCCCCCCCCCUAGAAUCUGACCAGCUGUGGUUUUUACUCCUUGUUCCUGCUCUUGAUCCCCGGCUCUCCUUUGCCUUCUUUGCCACGCUUCCACUUCCGGCUUAGCUUCCGUUGUGUGGCACUGGCCCGGGGCCAUGAAUUAAUUUCCCCAGCAACAUCGAAUAUUAUAAAUUGGGGAAACCAUUGAGGAAAGGAGGGAGGCAAGGCCGGUCCGUUCAUGAUUGAAGUUUUAAGAGAAUUAGGUUCAGGCCUUUUGGAAAUUCGUAGAAAACUUCUGUUUAAUUUUUUCAUUUUCAAAUUCUUUUUUAUUUUCUAUUUUUUUUUUAUUUUUUUGUGGUUUCUUUCGUGUGCAAUUAAGAGCCAAGAAGAGCUGGCAGCUAAGUUGUGUAGUUGGUGUGACCCGAAGGCAAAAGGCAAACAUUUUUGGAAACAAACUUAGUGCAACUCUGGGUAUAGCAAAAGCCCAUGGGCUCUUGGCAUCGAUAUGUAUUCUAUGGAAAACUGUUUGAAAAUUUGGUGAAAAACUAAGUUUUGUAAGGAAGUUUUUUAACUUCUUUAGUAAGCAAAGACCAGAGAACAAAAAGGAUGCCAGUUAUGCAUCUUGUAGAUUGUCUUUGCUUUUUUUUUUUGGGUAUUGUGAUGCAAGUAUUAAGAUGAAUAACGCCAUAAGAAUUUAUUAUAUAAUAAACCCCUGCUAAUACCCU